AUGUACAGGCAGAUACUGGUCAAUCCCGAUCAUGUUCCUUACCAGCGCAUUUUAUAUCGUGCCUCUCCCGAUGAGGAUAUACAGGAUUAUCAACUUAAGACAGUGACCUUUGGCGUUAACUGCGCACCGUAUUUGGCUCUUAGAACUCUGCAACAAUUGGCAGAAGAUGAAAAAGAAAAAUUUCCUGUUGGCUCAAAGGUUCUUAGGCACAAUAUGUAUGACGAUGAUUGUUUAGUUGGGGCCCAUUCGAUGGGAGAGGCAAUGGAAGCUCGAAGCCAGCUUAUAUCAAUUCUGGAGUCGGCCGGUUUUCAACUGAGGAAGUGGACUUCCAAUGAGAAAGAAAUUCUGAAUGGCUUGCCCCGUAAUCACUUGUUCAACGAACAAUUUCUGGAAUUUGGUGAUAAGAGCUUAGUUAAGAUCCUGGGGAUAAGAUGGAAUGCGGUUUCGGACUCAUUCUAUUUUCUAACUGAAAAAUUAGCCCAUAAAGAAUCUUUUACUAAAAGAGAAGUCCUAUCUGUCAUUGCAAGGCUGUUUGAUCCGCUGGGUUGGCUCUCACCUAUUAUUAUUAGAGCAAAGGUGAUAAUGCAGAUGAUGUGGCUCGACGAUAUUGAAUGGGAUGAUCCAAUAAAGCCUUUGUCUCUUCUGAAAUGGAAGAGUUUCAUUGCCAAUUAUGGGGAAAUAGACAAAAUAAAUAUAUCGCGGUGGAUAAAUUAUUCACCACACUGUAAGUUGGAGUUUCACGGUUUUAGUGAUUCUUCCGAAGUAGCGUAUGCCGCGGUGCUCUAUACACGAGUUGAGAUAGAGGGCAAUGUGUUUACAAGGCUGCUAGUCGCUAAAUCUAAAGUAGCGCCCAUAAAGAAAAUGUCUGUUCCGCGCCUAGAACUCUGUGGAGCUCUAUUAUUAGCCGAAUUAGCCGAUUCCGUUUUGCCUCAAAUUUGUGUUCAACCUUGCACUGUAUUUCCUUGGUCCGACUCGACUAUAGUAUUAUCUUGGUUCAGAAAACCAUCGUAUAGUUGGACUACCUUUGUGGCCAACAGGGUCUCGAUUAUUCACGAGAAAGUGGGCAGUGACUGGGGUCAUGUGGGAACUUCGGAUAACCCGGCUGACCUAGCAACCCGGGGGCUAACUCCUUUGGAACUCAAUGGGUGUGAUCUGUGGUGGCAGGGACCACCAUGGUUGCGGGAAGAUAGAGCAUAUUGGCCCACGACUCCGCAAAUACCAGACACUUCUUUGGAGACGAGGUCGGUCCAGGUUCAUAUUGCUAGGUCAAGCGAGCUGGAGGAUGUAUUAGACCGCUUCUCUUGCCUCUGUCGAGCGCUACAUGUUGUAGCGUACAUUUUUCGAUUCUUCAACGGAAUAUAUCCGUCUCACAAGCAUAAUGCCAGACCAAGAUCUGUGAAAUUGUCAUCGGACGAGUUGGCUCACGCACGAAAUAGGCUCAUGUCUAUGUCCCAGCGAAUCUUUUUCCCAGCAGAAUACGCUUGCCUAACCAAAGGCCAGAAAUUGCCUUCAAACAGUUCCCUUCUUACCCUAACUCCGUUUAUGGAUAACGCGCACUUGAUUCGCGCUAAUGGACGCCUAGGAUCAACAUUAGCCCUGUCAUACGGCGAAAGGCAUCCAGUGGUUUUGGCAUACCAAAGCCGAUUCGCGCAAUUGUAUGUUGACUUUAUUCAUAAAUUGACUCUUCAUGGGGGUAUUCAAUUGACUCUGGCAACAGUCCGACUUGAGUGUUGGAUAAUACGGGCCAGGAAUCUUAUAAAAACCCGCAUGAGAAAUUGCAAGGAGUGUACUAUAGCGAGACAGAUACGUCAGGGCCAAAUAAUGGCGCCUUUGCCCGAAGAGAGAACAACUUUUGGUCGGCCCUUUGCCACGACAGGAGUCGACAUCGCGGGACCGUUCGAGCUUAAGAACUUCCAUGGCCGGGGAUGCCGACUUACUAAGGGGUAUAUUUGUCUCUUCGUUUGUUUUGUCACUAAAGGUAUUCAUCUUGAGCCCGUAAGUGAUUUGUUGACGCAGGCUUUUCUGUCUGCUUUGUCCCGGUUUGUCUCUCGUCGGGGUUGCCCUAGGAAAAUAUACUCCGACAACGGUAGAAAUUUUGUGGGUGCUGCAAGAGAAUUAAACUCUAACUUCGAGAAAAUUGUCUCUGAGUUACGUGAUGAAGUUGUAUCUCGCUACGGGUUUCAACAAGUCGAGUGGCAUUUCAUACCGGCUGCUGCCCCUCACAUGGGAGGGCUGUGGGAGGCUGGUGUGAAGAGUUGUAAGACGCACAUGAAAAAGAUUGCCGGACAAAUACGUCACACUUUCGAGGAAUUUGCCACAAUACUUGCCUCCAUCGAAUGGCGUCUAAAUUCGCGGCCCCUAUCCCCCCUGUCUGAUGGUCAGGUCGACCUAACCGCCCUCACACCAGGGCACUUCCUAAUUGGUUCAUCGCUUCUGGCACCCGCGGAGCCUGAAGAGAUUCCAUCAAAAACUGCGCUAUUGAAUCGAUGGCGAAAGCUUAAAGUUAUCCAACAGGAGUUUUGUCGUCGGUGGAAAUCCGAGUACCUGACGGAGCUCCAUAAGCGAUUCAAAUGGAAAUCCACCAAAGAGAACCUAGUUCUAAACGAUUUGGUCGUUUUACGGAACGAAUCCACUUGUCACACUGACUGGCGCCUCGGCCAUAUUAUAAAAUUGUACACUGGUCGUGACAAGCAGGUACGAGUUGUCGACAUAAGAACUUAA